AUGGCUGAGGAGCUUGAGCAUGUUGUCUUGGCUGCUGGUGAGGGUGGGGCUGUUGCUGUUCAGGGUGGGGAUGCUGUUGCUCAGGGUGGGGAUGUUGUUGCUCAGGGUGGGACUGCUGCUACUGGGCAGCAGCAAAGGGGGGCUAUGAGGUGGACCUCUGUGACAUCUUCCUUUGUCCUACGCCGCAUGUGUCAGCUCAUUUCGACUGGGGUUAGGACUGAUAAGGGGUUCAAAGAGGUGCAUUUGAACCAAGUUGCCAAGGCACUUCAAGAGUUUAGUGGGAACGAGGUGACAGGGACCCAGGUUUACAACCACCUGCGCAAGUGGAGGCAGAGGUGGGUUAGAGUUAUCAAGCUAAGGGAGUUGAGUGGAGCUUUAUUUGACGAAGAGAACUUCAUGAUUACCCUAGAGGAUGACCAUUAUGCUGGCCACAUCAAGGCACACCCUAAAGAUGCUGAGUUGCUAAAUAAGCCAAUUGAAAACUACCAACAAAUGGAGGUGAUUUUUGGCAACGGUCUAGCAACAGGCAAAUACGCAAUGGGGUCCAAUGAGGCAUUAGGUAGCCGCUCUGACUGUGCUGAGAGCUCCAUGAAGACUGACCUACUGGAUGAUAUUAAUGGUGGGAAACAUGAGAAGGAUGUGGCCCAUGGUGCAGGGAGCAAGAGGAAGAGGUCUUUCCUAUCAGAUGAAGAUGUUAUUGUGUUGUCAGGGAUGACUAGUGCCGUCAACAACGUGGCUGAUGCUAUUAGGGACACAAGAGUGGUGGAGGUCCAUCCAGAGCUCUAUGGGGCAGUGAUGUGCAUGGGGGGUUUCAAUGAGGAGGCAUUAAUUGUGGCUUUCUCUCAUUUGGUUGACAAUAGAGCUCAGGGGCAUGCCUUUGUGUCCAUGAAUGAGGCUCAUCGUAUCCUCUGGCUGAGGACUUUCUUGGCUAAGCACUACUACACCAUAUGA